UUUGUGCAUGUGUGUGCGUAUUAGUAUAUAAUAUAUCUCUAUAUAUACACAUGUAUGUGUGUUUGCGUGUAUAUAGAUAUAUAUUUUUGUGUCUAUAUCUAAAUGACGCCCCUUUAGAUGAUGGAAUAUAUCAAUAAAAUGCGCAUAGUUAUUAAUAAAGCUUUUACCGUAUGAUUGUUUCGUAUGCAUUCAUUUUAAAUUGAGAGCUAAAAGUUUCAAGAAGUUUCAAAUGAAGUGGUUGCCAAGUAUUCCGUGACGCGUCCAGAUGGAUGUAGAAAGUGGGCGCACACCCAACUCGCGCCACAUAAAAGCAUCAGCAGCCGCCUCUUGCUAAACACAACAUAAACAACACUCUUUGAGAGAACAGAGCAUUUCCGCAAGACGUAGUCUGCUUUAUUAAAGUGAUAAAAGCUAGAGAAAUAUGGAGAACAAAAAUACUAGCACUCAUAAUGAACAGAAACCAGAAUCUCCCAAAGAGGAUUCACUUCUCCCCAUCGCUGAGAAGGGACUUUUCUUCCAUGAUUCUUUCUUCGAGGAUAUUCGGAAGCACUUUGAGACAGCCAUCGACCAAAUCCUUGAUACGUGGGAAGAAGCCAGGCCCGUGAGUGAUCUCAUGAGUAGCUACAGACGUGUAAGAGAGCGCAAUUUGCAGCAAGAGAACCAAGUCAUAGCCUUCAGCGAAGACGACCAGAAUCACAAGGUUGUGCUGGAUGUUCAUGACUUCAAGAGUGGAGACGUUAAAGUUAGAGUGGAAGACAAUGAGGUGGUAGUGGAAGGUAGAGUGGAAAAGGAAGAGGACGAAUUCAAGUCCAUGAAAAGCUUCUGUCGACGCUUCAACGUCCCAGGCAAAGUGGAUAUGGAGGGUGUGACUUCUGCAAUGUCUUCCGAUGGCGUCUUGACUAUCACGGCUCCGAAGAUUCCACAGGCAGCAUAGAAAAAUAUUUAAUGAGCUAAAAUUAUGAUAUAAGUUAAAAUAUAAUGUAUGUCUAUAUAUUGUUGAUUUGCAGACUAUAGAA